AUGCUCUCUAACCAGCGCUCGACGGAAGACCGGGACCUCCUUGAACGGAGCACGAAGAAGCCGAAACGAACAGCUGAUGCGGCGGAGAUCCACGCUUUGGGAUCAGGAGAGGCGGGGCAGACACAUGCGGAUGUGGAGGUCGUGAGUGAGACCCCAUCGGAUGAGAUGGUUACGAAGGUCACAUCGGCACAUGCAGAGGAUCAAGGUGACAGAGAGAUGGACACACAAGUGGGAAUGCGUGCUUCAUCGCAGGCGCCGAUUCAAUCUCGACGAACGUAUGCGCAGAGUUUAGCUGGCACGACCGUGCAUCUUCUGCCUUCCCAGGUGGCGGAUCAUGAUCUGAGUAGUGCGGAAUCAACUGACGACGAGGAGAUGCUGGACGACGAAGGUGACGACCCCUUGUGCCCCACCAUACGUCUGACUAAGAGGGAGAUCGAAGCAAUCCGCGCACCGUGGAGGAAGACACUUAUUGUUAAGGUGCUAGGCCGGACUGUGGGAUAUGCCUACCUGUUGAGACGAUUGAUCUCCAUGUGGAAACCAAAGGGGAGUCUAGAUCUGAUCGCGAUUGAUAAUGGAUAUUUUCUCGUUCGCUUCGGCUCUGUGGACGACCUGGAGUUCGCCAUGUUCGAAGGACCUUGGAUGGUGUUGGAUCACUACCUCAUCGUCAAAGAAUGGGAGCCGGACUUUGAUCCUUUCGCGGCUCAUACGGAAAAAGUCUUAGUUUGGAUCCGGAUACCUUGUCUGCCGGCGGAAUAUUACAACAUAAUUUUCCUGCGAAAGCUCGGCAACAAGGUGGGGAGAUCGGUGAGAGUUGAUCAAGCAACAAGUUUGGUGUCGAGGGGCAUGUUCGCGCGGAUUUGUGUUGAGAUCGAUAUUACAAAGCCCAUGAUUUCCAAAUUUACGUACAAUGGCCGUGUAAGGUAUGUAUCCUAUGAAGGCCUGCAUAUGGUCUGUUUUACGUGUGGUUUAUAUGGACAUUCAGAAGAGACAUGCCCCAAGCGUGCACAAGCCACACAGGAUCCAAAGGAGAACCAAGCAGAGGCGACGAGGGAACACCGGCCACAAGCUGAGACGGGCAUCGCAAAACAGAGUGCAGUAGUGAGACCAGACGCUGUUGGUUCGGCACCUUUUGGCGUUUGGAUGAUUGCUCCAGGAAGAAAAGGGGGCAGGCCACCAGGCAGCCGCCCUGCCCAGCAUCAGGCACCCGCUGCUGGAGGCGACAAGCGCAAAGGUGGUGAACAGGUUUCAAGAUUCGCCCCCUUGCGACACGAUCCCAACAAUGAGGGAAUUAAUGCUGAGAUCGCUGAUGAAGGACCGGCAGAUGAGGAUGGCGUCGGAAUCUCCCAAAUUCCGGCUGAGUUAAAGAAUAGCGCACCUGUGCGGGUAAGUGGUGGAGGAAGGCAAAGGAGACCAAAUGUGAUUGCCACGGAGAAACAAAUUGAGAACGAGGUUGGAAGGUCAGCCCGUGCUGGGGCAGUCGACAUCGCCCAGUCCUCGUCUCUGCCACGAAGAAACCCGAACACGCAUUCCAGACGGGCAGCUGAAGAAGAGGAGCAUGUUGUCGUGCGGGGUGAAAAGGGGGGCCUGAUCAUAAGCUCAACUAGGGUGUGUAUGGGGGACAUGGUGGGUGACAUUCCGUCUCCAGUUUGGCAGGCGACUAAUGAACAUCACAGUGACCCUCUCGCAAAAAGGGAUGAUGAAGGGGAUGUGGUCAUGAAUCUUGAGUCGAGUCAGGCGCAGCGUGAGAUCGGGGAGCAUAACGGGGGCGCAGGUGGCAAGCCGUUCCGCCGCGCUCUUCUUCAUCUUCUGAAAACGCACAAGCCAUGCAUCCUUGGUCUUUUUGAGCCAAAGGUAUCCGGCUCUCAGGCUAACAAAAUCUGCUCCAACCUCGGCUUCUCGGACUGGAUCCGUAUUGAAGCUGUCGGUUUCAGUGGGGGUAUCUGGGUUUUUUGGAAAGAUGUGUUUAAGGUUACAGUCUCUUUCACUCACCCGCAGUUUAUUUUGCUACAGGUUUCUCAGCCGGGCCAGGAUCCCUGGAACCUUGCGGCAGUGUAUGCCAGCCCAGCUCAUCACCUACGACGGAGACUAUGGACUGAUCUCACGCAUGCGAGCAGAGGGAUACAAGGGCCCUGGCUGGUGGCGGGAGAUUUUAACACUGUAGUUAGUAGAGAGGAGACGAAGAACUAUGUCUCUUUCUCUGCUCAAAGAAGCUCAGAGUUCGUAAAUUGGAUCAAUGAUGAAGGCCUCGUGGAUCUUGGGUUUUCGGGGCCAAAGUUGACUUGGGUUAAGGACGGCUCAACUACCACCAUCAAAGGCGCCCGUUUAGACCGGGCGAUGUGCAACCUGGAGUGGCGGGCACGCUUUCCAGAUGCUGCUGUCUCACACUUGGCCCGUUUGGCAUCUGAUCACGCCCCCAUUCUGCUCAAGCUGGAUGGGGGACGGUCCAGAAAUUAUUCUAACAUGAGUCCUUUCCUUUUUCAGGCGGCAUGGUUGAGACACCCGGAUUUGCAGGAGGUGGUUCAUGACACUUGGAACGGUGGUCUUGACCUCAGAUCUAACCUGCAUGGCCUCGCAUCGACUUUAUCCGGUUGGAACAGGACGGUCUUCGGUAAUAUCCACUUCCGAAAGAAUUCCUUGCUGGCCCGAAUUGGGGGCGUGCAACGAAUGCUGGCAACUCGACAACACAGGGGUCUCUUUAAACUCGAGUAUAAGCUACGUAGAGAGCUAGAGGAAAUUCUUUACCAGGAAGAACUUCUAUGGUACCAAUGA